AUGCCACCGAGAAGAUCGGCCCGGGCAGCUGCCAGCGCCAGUGCUGCGGCUACUCCCGCCCAAGUUGCUCAGCCAUUGAACGGCGCUGUCAUCGCCAUCAGCGGCACCUUCGACAAGAAGCGCACCGAACUUGAUUCCUGGCUCUCCUCCCUCGGCGCCAGUAUCACAAAAUCCAUUACAAAGAAGACGACCCAUCUUAUUACCACCCCCGAGGACUUCAAGGCCCUCACCACGAAGGUCGUUUCUGCCCAGAAGAACGACAUCCCCAUCGUUAGCCUGCAGUGGGUCGAGGAUUGCGAGUCUCAGGGUUCACUCCUCCCCCAGACUGGUUACGAGCUUGGCCAGCAAGCGGCCAAGCAGGCAACCCCUGCCCCAGCGACCAAUGGGUCCAACAAAACACAGAAGAAAGGAGCCUCUUCACAGGCCGAUGGCUCCCAUCAAAACGCCUCGCAGUCGCAGUCGCAGGCCACUGCAGCAGUAUCCAAGGCCAAUGGCGCUAGCAAGAAGCGCACAAACUCCCAAGUCCAGUCCGACACUGAGAGCGAUGCCAAGCCUGACGUCAAGAAGCAAAAAGCCGCCACCGGCCCCAAGGGCAAGAAGAAGAACACCGUUGACGCUGACGACAAGGCCGACGUGAAGAAGCAAGCCGAUGCUACAUCAGACGCCAAGGGUAAGGCGGCCGACAGUAGCCAGGUCACCUCCAAGGGACUCAGCAUUCCCCUCGAUGAGGGAUGCAGGGUCCAGGGUACCGUCUACAUUGCCCCUGACGGUGUCAUUUACGACGCGUCGCUCAACCAAACCAAUACCACGAACAAUAAUAACAAGUUCUAUCGCAUUCAGCUCGUUCAAGAUGGUACGACGUACAAAACGUGGACCCGUUGGGGCAGAGUCGGCGAAUGGGGCCAGUGCGCGGUCCUUGGCAACGGUUCCCUCAAUGACGCUCUGAGCAACUUCGAGAAGAAGUUCAAAGACAAGAGCGGUCUGGCCUGGGCUGACCGUGGAAACGAUCCCAAGCCCAAAAAGUACGCCUUCAUUGAACGUAGCUACGAGCCAGACUCGCACGACGCCGACGAUGAUGACGACGACGAUGCUGCACAUGCCGACAAAAUCAAGGAUGAGGAGUCCGAUGAGAAGCCCGAGCCGGUUCAGUGCACGUUGGGGAAGCCUGUGGAGGAGUUGAUGAGUCUGAUUUUCAACCAGAAAUACUUUCGCGACGCCAUGACUUCCAUGAAUUAUGACGCUAACAAGCUGCCUCUCGGCAAACUCAGCAAGGCCACAAUUCUUCGCGGGUUCCAGGCACUCAAGGACAUGGCUGAGCUCUUCAACGACUCCACACUUGCCGACUCCAAGUACGGCAUGAGCGUGCCCGAAGCAACUGAGCAUCUGUCGAACCUAUACUACUCCCUGAUCCCCCAUGCCUUCGGUCGCAAUCGCCCCCCCGUUAUUCAGACUGGUGUGAUGCUCCAGAAGGAGGUGGACCUGCUCGACAGUCUUUCAGACAUGAAGAUUGCGUCCGAUCUUAUGAAGGUCGACCGCAAGGUUCAUGACAUUCACCCUGCCGACAGGCAAUACCAGGGUCUUGGAAUGAAAGAGAUGUCUCCUAUUGAUCCAAAGAGUUCAGAGUUUGCCCUCCUGUCCGAAUACCUCCAGGGUUCCAAGGGCGCAACCCACAAUGUCAAUUACAAGAUUGAGGAUAUCUUCCGCAUCGAACGACAGGGCGAGCUAGAUCGUUUCGAAAAGAGCGAAUUCUCAUCCAUCAAGUCCGACCGGCGCUUGCUGUGGCACGGCUCUCGUGUAACCAACUUUGGUGGUAUUCUCAGCCAGGGCUUGCGAAUCGCGCCUCCCGAGGCUCCGGUGUCUGGAUACAUGUUCGGCAAGGGUAUCUAUCUUGCAGACAUGUCUACCAAAUCGGCAAACUACUGCGCCUCCGGUAGCUCUGGUGGUCAGGCUCUGCUGCUACUUUGCGAGGCCGAGCUUGGCGACCCGAUGCAGAAACUCACCAACUCGAGUUACCAUGCGGGCGAAACCGCUCGGGCGAACGGCAUGUGGUCAACUUGGGGUCAGGGCAUGGUUGGCCCGAGCCAGUGGGUGGAUGCUGGCUCCGUCAAUCCGUCCCUCAAGGGUGUCAAAAUGCCCGACGUGAGUGUGAAACCAGGCAACACCAACGUCCCCAAUGCAUAUCUCAUGUACAACGAGUACAUUGUCUACGACCUUGCUCAGGUCCGCCUCCGAUAUCUAUUCCGCGUCAAAAUGUAG